AUGCCCACGUUCAGCUCCCGCUCGACCAUUCGCGAGACUGCUGGCAAUUUUACUCUAUCACUGGGUGCGCGUCACAUAUUCGCAGUUGGGUCACCAUCCGAGGAGGUCUACAACGCGAAAGGGCUGCUUCCAGAGGACGUGGACAUCAUCCUUGGCUCGAAUCUGGUCUUCUCGCUAUCUGGUGUACUUGGUUCUGCUAGAGUUGCAGCGAAUGGCGUACAGCACUCGGCUAUUGUCCACCAGUUUCUGUCUCAUCUGAAGACGAACUCGUCCCAGCUCGGCCUGAGUACCGUGUCUGACGUGUACAUUGAUGAAGACGAUGGGCUCCCAAAGUUUACUGCGGCAUCAUCUCGUCCCAUGCCCUCUGGUAGACGACCUCCCACUGUGCGCUUGGUCGCGAUAGAUCUAGUGUUUGAAUGGAAGUCCACUGUUUCAGACGAAGCCAAGGGCGCGGAUGACGUCGAUCCAUUCGCCGCUCGUGCUUAUCUUCCCAUCAUGUCCGCGCUUGACCGCCUUGUAGAUACUUUUGUUUGCUGGCAUCUUGUCAGACGGUACCCCUUGAUCUUUGGACCUUGGCGCAACAUGCUUGACUUGGAAUGCUCAUUCUUCCCUGUUGUGCUUCGCUCAAUAACCCACAUGGCACAACGAUCCUCUAACCCGUUAUUCCGGAAGAGAUUCACACGACUCAUGACGACCCUCGAGACGCAAAUCGUCUCGUCGUCCGCGUCAUCCAUCGCCGCGUUACAUGGAUAUCUUGGGCAUCCUCCUGACGAAAGCGAUAAGGCCGAACACGGCAUUGAUACAGCUGUUGACUCAGACUAUGACGUUCUAUCUCUAUCGCUGGAGAGGCUCUUCAGGCAAGAAAUCAGGCCGGCACGCUUUAAGGGCUGCGGAACGGUGUCCGGCGUGGUACACGCGGAUGAGAAUGAUGACGCCGUGUUCAACUUGUCGCAAGACCUGCUCGACGAUGCUGGGGGUACGUUGAAUGAAAUUAUCGAUGAUGAAGACGACGACGACGAUGACGACGAAGAUGAUGACUAUAUUCUGGGAUCCGAGCAGGUCUUGGACCAUAGUCAGGUUGAAUUAGACAUCGAUGACUGGCAGGACUUUCCUGGCGAUGAUCCUCUCUUGUUCGGCAGAUUCGAUGAAGAUAGCCCAACGCCUUCCUCGUCGCCGGAUCAUGAUGACUUCAUGCCGUCAAGCUCAGAGUCCGAAAUUUACACCCACACACCCCACACGCAUGCAGCAAGCGUCGAUGGAUUGCGCACUACAGAACUUUGUUCAUCUCAUUCACAAAAGGUCUUCUUGGUGUCGACUUCAGCCGACACACUCUCACAUGACAACCUUCAUGGGGAAGAAUUAGGACUCGGGUUCCUCGGCGCUGAUGAUGGCCUUACUCUGUCUCAUGAUCCAGCUGCGGAUUACUGGAGCUUUUCAGCUGCAAAUGAUGUAGACAUAUUCUACUCUCGUCCUUCCUCUCCAGAAAGCUGCCGCUCAUUCAGGAACAACUGCGCGGGUCCUCGGGAAGUUGACUCCGUUGACUGUCCGGAUUCUCUCGCUCGCCAGGACUGCUUGAACAUGUCGCCUACGCGGGCUUCUCACUCUCAGGCUUCGGAUGUCGUAUUUAACGGCGCUGAAGACGGCUGUAUCUUGGACUUGGAUUGGGAUAUCCCGGACUUGGAUUCUAGUAGCAGAAGCUCAGAUGAUGGUCAUCAACCUUCUGCAGACGACUUCAGAGAAGCCUCUCACACCCAUACCGGAUCUCACCUUACAGACUGCUACGUGCUCUCCGGCAUUGAUAGAGCAACGUCGCAUGAGGCUACCUUCUGCUGUUCUAGACCUUCAAGUUCGUCCCUCAUCGCUGUGAUAGGAUCCGCGAUUGACCCAGAGGAGCUCGAGGAUAAGGAAGAGGUGGAAGAGGGCGAUAUUCUUGUCGUAGAUUAG